GUUGGGGUGUGCUCCAAGAUGGCGACUUCCAGUGCUCCGUAUCAGACAUCAUCGCAUAAGAAAGCUAAAUGCCACUAUCUACCCGUGGUUUAAACUUGUUAAGAGGCCGACAAUAAGGAUCCGAGUGGGGCUGAGUUGUCACAAGUCAAACGCGGAAACAGUUUCCCCAUGGUUUGUUCGUGCGAGGAGCCGGUUUCGGUGUCGGUCGGAAGGAGGUCGUGAUAUCCGAGUAUGGCCACCGAGAACAGGAUCAAUUUUUGGAGGAGAAACGCAAAGGUUCCUGGGAGUGUACAACCAGUUUAUGGAGCACAGCACCCCCCUCUCGACCCACGAUUGCGUCGCACAUAUCCCAAAGACACAAAGCCCAAGUUCAACAAUCUUAAGUCUAAAAAGGCCUCUAGCUUCCACGAGUUUGCUCGCAGCACCAAUGAUGCUUGGGACAUCGACGAAGAGGAGGACGAGGAUUUCCUCAGCACCCCUGCUCCAACUUUAAGCUCACCAUCAGGCCUUCACUCCACAUCCACACAGACCCAGCAGCAGCAGCAGAUUCAAGCUGAUGACACAGAAACGGGGGUGUCUGACAGACUGUCACCCCCCAGCACAGAAGCUCUAGACUUCAAGGAUGUGCAGGAGGAAGAUGCAGAGUACUGGGAGCAUGUCAACGGCAAGGUUGUCAAGUCUAGCAGCGACGCCCACCUCAACACACCCUCAGUCCGCUCCACCCUGCAGAAGCAGCAGUCUCUCCCAGUCCGUCCCAUCAUCCCACUGGUGGCUCGCAUGUCGGACCAGAACGCGUCGGGGGCCCCACCAAUGACGGUGCGGGAGAAGAGCCGGCUGGACAAAUUCAAGCAGCUGCUGGCGAGUCCCAACACUGACCUAGAGGAACUCCGGAAGCACAGCUGGUCGGGCAUUCCCAGAGAAGUCCGGCCGAUCACAUGGAGACUCCUCUCUGGCUACCUGCCGGCCAACAAAGAGCGCAGAGAGCUGGUGAUGAAGAGGAAGAGAGAUGAAUACUUUGGCUUCAUAGAGCAGUAUUACCAAUCCAGAACAGACGAGCACUAUAAAGACACUUACAGACAGGUAUCACUGCACUUACUACUGCUCAAAGACCCUAAACACAAACACACAGCUGCUUUUAUUAUCUUAGUAACAUCUCCACAUGUUUCUUCCUGUCAGAUCCACAUCGAUAUUCCAAGAACCAACCCUCUGAUUCCCCUGUUCCAGCAGCCGGCAGUACAAGAGGUGUUUGAGCGUAUUCUCUUCAUCUGGGCCAUCCGGCACCCAGCCAGCGGCUACGUCCAGGGGAUCAAUGAUCUGGUCACUCCCUUCUUUGUGGUCUUCCUCUCCGAGUUUGUCACAGAAGACGUGGAGAACUUCGAGGUGGCUGCGCUGCCUAUGGACACCCAGAGAAACAUCGAGGCUGACAGCUUCUGGUGCAUGAGCAAGCUGCUGGAUGGAAUACAGGACAACUACACCUUUGCUCAGCCUGGAAUCCAGAACAAAGUGAAAGCUUUGGAGGAGCUGGUCAGCAGGAUAGAUGGGGACAUUCACAAUCAUUUCAAGAGGUACGAGGUGGAGUACCUGCAGUUUGCUUUCAGGUGGAUGAAUAAUCUACUGAUGAGGGAGCUGCCGCUGCGUUGCACUAUUCGUCUCUGGGACACCUACCAGGCUGAAGCAGAGGGUUUCACACACUUCCACCUGUACGUCUGUUCUGCCUUCCUCAUCGAGUGGCGCAAAGAAAUCCUUUCCAUGGUGGACUUUCAGGGCCUUCUUAUGCUACUGCAGAACCUUCCCACAAUCCAUUGGGGCAACGAGGAAGUGGGCCUCCUCCUGGCUGAAGCUUAUAGACUGAAGUACAUGUUUGCAGACGCACCCAGCCACUACAAGAGAUAGGCCUGAGGCUGCCUCACAGAGAGCCCCACACACAGCCUACCCGACACCACAGCAGUGUGUGUGUGAGGGAUACUCCGGGCUGCAGCUGUGUCUCUGAAGUAACCUGGGAGAGACACACACAGAACUUGAAAUCCAGAGACUGACACUGGAUGUAGGACCACAGGGCACCCUUUAAGCACAGUGACUGAGAAUAUGUGCAGUCAGUGUACUGCAGUGUAUCGAUGAACUGUUACAGUGUGAAUAACCACAGCUACGCCACCUUGCUUUACCUGUACAGUUUUUGCUCAACAUGAAUAUCACUGUAAGAUAAAGGGAUGAUGUUUGUGAGAUUAUCCUUUUAGUGAAAGACAGCGUCUACAGAUUCUAUUUUUUUGAAGAUAUGUUUUGGUAGUUGUUUUACAAAGGAAAUAAUCUUAGAUGUAAACCAGGCAACUACAAUAAUUUAUUUUCUUUGUUAAAAUGUAUUUAGUCUUACACUGUUAACCUAUUCAUAAAAAGAAGGACCCCCCCCUUUCAGAUAAUUAUGAGUAGAAUUAUUAUUAUUAUGUUAUGGUUCAGGGUUACCAAAUUUGCACUGUACAAUCAACUUAUAAAAUAUUCUAUAUUAUACUUUUAUUCAGUGAGUCAGCUCAUUGUUAACCGGUACUUAUAUUUAAGAAUGAUUUAGGUAUUAGACCUAAGAGUAGCAAAUUGUAGGAACUGUGUGUAUUUAGGUUGGGUUAAAGGUGGAGGAACACAUUUAGGACCUAAGCCUCAGAAGAGACAGGAGGAUAAUGUAGCUUUGAAACCCCUGGUUUAAACUGAUACCCUGGAAUCUUAUCUUAGUCUUAUUUUAUUUUUCCCUUGACUUAGAUCAAUCUAAAUGUUAUUGUAUGUUGACAGUUAAAUUAGGUAGAGAUUGUGGCACAUGUUAACAAUGGCACAACUUGAGAUCAGCAACGACUGGUCUGUUUUAAUCUUGAAUCAUUUCCUUUUGCGUAACAUUCAGAGUGAAUGAUUGUAUGAUAAUCUGUGAAUCUCACUGGAUACCUGUGGUCACUGUUGAAAUGCAUACAGGUAGUUAAACAUCUUCCUCAGUAUAGGAUCAUUUUAAUAUUUGUUUUCUAGGUUGAAGAUCUUUUUAAAAACGAGGAAAUGCCUUGUCAAUGCUGAAGGACACUUAGUCACAGUGUUCUACUUGAGACAGUCCUGUGGACACAGUGCAGCUCAUAUUAUGUUGAUGCCUUUGUUAUGAUCAUUUGUAAUGUCUUUUAAAAUGUGACAUGGAUAAUUGCUGUGUUAUCAUAAAUGCUUGUAUUUUAUAUUUGUAUGUGGUUCAGGUUAGGUUGCUCUUGUAUCUGUGACCAUUGAGGGGGGAAUAUAUGUGUUACUACUCAUCUACCUUCAUUACCAGUGAUAAUUAUACCACAGUGUGUGUCUGAAAGAUAUGACAAUCAUUAGCCUUUGAUAACUCCAUUUCCUUAGAUGUGUUUUUCAUUUUCUUUGGCCAUUUAGACUUUUUAUUUUACAGACAGUUGAGACACCUGUUUCAUGAGUGAUUCGGCCCUUCUGAACUGUGACAGUUCACCCACAGCUACAUUAUGGGAGUAUAUAUUCUGAAGAUGCUAUGGUACUUAAUUUGAGUCUGUGAAGUAGAUCAUUUGCAUUUUGGAACAAUCCAACACACAUACUUAUGGUUUAUUUAUUGCCAGUUUUGUGUUUAGCUUUGUUAGGCCUGCUUUAAUCUUGUGUUCUUUUCCCCAUCUUUUAAUGUAUUUAAAGUGUUGUUGUUGAAUGUAUGCCUUUAGCCUUAAAAUUGUUUUGUUUUUUCAUUCAGGUACGCCAACUGAUUGUUCACUCCAUCUAAAGGUCAUAUGUCCUCAAAAUAUGAUGUUGACUCUAAAGGCUGAAAAAUAAAAUACAACUAUUGAUUUA